GCCAGGGCCCACGUGAGGACGGAGUCUUUAGUUCUCUGCCUCCCGCUGGCCUGCUUGGCUCCUGGGUCUAGUUCCCUGGCUUCUUCCCUUGCUUGCCAUGAGCCUGGAAGCGAUCCGAUAUCACCGGGGUUCCCUGCACAUCCUGGACCAGCUGCUGCUGCCCCAGCAGAGCCAUUAUGAGGCUGUGACCUCCGUAUGCCAGGCCUGGGAGGCCAUCAGGACCAUGAAGGUACGGGGAGCUCCCGCCAUCGCCAUAGUGGGCUGCCUGAGCUUGGCUGUGGAGCUGCAUGCUGGUGCAGGGGGACCUGGGCUUGAGGCCCUGGUGACCUUCGUGCAGAACUCACUAAACUACCUGGUGACAGCCAGGCCGACUGCUGUCAACAUGGCUCAGGCUGCCCGGGAGAUGUCUGAGGUAGCCGCCCAGGAGGCUGGACAAGAAGGGGCCACAGAGGGUGUGGUUCGAGAGAGGUUGAUCUGCUGGGCUGAACACAUGCUGGAGAAAGACAUCAGGGACAACCGGAGCAUUGGGGACCAUGGGGCCCAGCACCUUCUGGAGCGCGUGGCACCAGGGGGUGGCCAGGUGACUGUGCUGACCCAUUGCAACACUGGCUCAUUAGCCACUGCAGGCUAUGGAACAGCCCUGGGUGUGAUCAGAUCUCUGCAUGCCCUGGGCCGCCUGAAGCACGUGUUCUGUACGGAGACCCGGCCCUACAACCAGGGUGCGCGGCUGACGGCCUACGAGCUGGUGUAUGAGAAGAUCCCUGCCACUCUCAUCACUGACAGCAUGGUAGCUGCUGCCAUGGCCCACAAGGAGGUGGGAGCUGUCAUUGUGGGAGCAGACCGGGUGGUCGCCAAUGGUGACACCGCCAACAAAGUGGGGACGUACCAGCUGGCCAUCGUUGCCAAGCACCACGGGAUCCCUUUCUACGUCGCUGCCCCUGUUUCCUCUUGUGAUCUCAGCUUGAAGACAGGUCAGGAGAUCGUCAUCGAGGAGCGGCCAGGCCAGGAGCUGACCAGCCUCUGUGGGACCAGGAUUGCUGCCCCAGGUAUUGGAGUUUGGAACCCAGCCUUUGACGUCACCCCUCACGAGCUCAUCACUGGUGGCAUCAUCACAGAGCAUGGUGUCUUCUCCCCCAAGGAACUGCAGACAGCCCUGACCUCUACGACCUCCUGACUGGACACAAACUCCUCAAAUCCCAAGUCUCCCUUCUUCCACCUCCCAAUUAGAUUGUAAGCUCUUUAAACCCAGUGUCCAUUUGUUUAAAUUCUCCCUGCCCCAAGCUCAGUGCCUUGCUUCAUAAGUGUUUACUGAACUAAAUGACCUCCCAUUACUGAACCUUUUUUACAAUGAACAUUUUAUUAAUGAUAGUUGCUUACAUUUGUGUAGUACUUCCCAGAGGACAAAAAGUCAUCUUCGACUCUUAGCUCUUCCUGUACACCACUGGGUGUCAAGUCCUAACAUUUCCACAUCUCUUGGCACUGGCCUCUCCCUUGCACUCUCACAACCAACCCCCCUAGUUCAGGCCCCCAUCACCUCUUACCUGGACUAAUAAAAGAGCCUCCCAACUGGUU